AUGGCGGCUCCGAUAACAAAGCUUCAGGAGGUGAAGCUCCCCAGUGGGCCAUCCCCUAUCACGCCCGAACAACAAUACUGGAAAGGCUUCAGAUCAUCACAAAAUGUUCCCUCUCAAUCGCCAGUAACGCAUAUCUCUUUCCCACCCCCACCGAGCAAUCCUUUACUUCCUUCGAACAAUGACUAUUUCGCGGUCACUACCGGCACUCGAGUGCAGGUAUUCUCCAUUCGCACGCGAAAACUGGUCAAGACCUUCACUCGGUUUUCAGAUAUAGCACACAGUGGAGAGAUUCGACGAGAUGGCCGGGUUAUGGUAGCUGGCGAUGAGACUGGCAAGAUCCAGGUGUUUGAUGUGAAUUCAAGGGCGAUUUUGAAGACCUGGGAGGAACACAAGCAGCCAGUAUGGACGACCAAGUUCUCGCCAACUGAGUUGACAACACUCAUGAGCGCCAGUGACGAUCGCACUGUUCGAUUAUGGGAUUUACCAAGCCAACAGAGCACGACAACUUUUAUCGGACACUCAGAUUAUGUCCGGAGUGGGAGCUUCAUGCCAGGGACUAUGUCGAAUAUGAUUGUUACGGGGAGUUACGACGAGACGGUCCGACUCUGGGAUCCCAGGAUACCGACCAGAGCUGCAAUGAUCUUCAAACAUGCUGCGCCGAUUGAGGCAGUCCUACCAAUGCCAUCUGGAACAACAGUAUUAGCUUCUGCCGACAACCAGAUUUCGGUCCUCGAUUUGGUAGCUGGAAAACCUCUACAAUUGCUCAAAAACCACCAAAAAACAGUCACUUCAUUGUGCCUGGCAUCAAAUGGAACCAGGCUUGUUAGUGGAGGUCUGGAUGGCCACGUCAAGAUGUUCGAGGUUACAGGCUGGAAUGUUGUUGCCGGUUCCAAGUAUCCCGCUCCCAUUCUAUCUGUCAAUGUUAUAAGCGCAGGAGCCAACCGCGAGGACAAACAUUUGGUUGUGGGUAUGCAGUCUGGUGUUUUGUCAAUUAAGACGCGAUUGUCGGGUCAGCAGAAGGUCAAAGAGCGGGAAAGGGCGAAGGAAAUGCAAGCCCUCUUAGAAGGAACACUAGAGGAAUAUGACAAGAAGAACAAAAAGAAGCGAACAAGGGGAGUUGAGAAAAGGCUCAGGGGUAUGGACUUCAUGGGCGAAGGCGCCGACGUCAUAAUCGAGGGCAACAAACGUGGGAGGGGGAAGCCGGAAGCUAUCUGGGAGAAUGAUCUUCGCAAAGGGAGAUAUUCACAAGCAUUGGACAAGGUGCUUUCUCGAGGACUUUCAUCAGUUACGGUCCUCACCCUGCUCACAGCGUUGCGACAUAGGAGUGCUAUGAGAGCAGCGUUGCAAGGGCGUGAUGAAGCUACCGUUCAGCCAAUUUUCAGAUGGGUCAUCAAGCAUAUCACAGAUCCUCGGUACGUCAGCAUAUGUGUUGAUGCUGCAUUACUACUCUUGGACAUCUACUCUGAACAUCUUGGCGGAUCUUCUGAACUAGUGCAGAUGACCAGGUUGUUGCAUCGCCGAGUGCGAAAGGAGGUUGAGAGGUCACAGCAAGCAAUCCAGACGAGUGGCAUGUUAGAAAUGUUGAUGGUAGGAAUGCCGUGA